CCCAGCAGAGUUCUCAGCCUCCGGCUUCACCUGUUCGCUUUCACAUUUCUUCCCCUUUUUUCACUUAUGUUCAUGACUACCAUCUCCCCACGACAAUAACCUAAAACCUCCAGCCUGCAACAAUGCGGUCGUACGUGGGCUGCAGCUUUCUCAUCCUCUCCGCGUGUCUCGCCGUCGCCUCCCUGGCCGAGAUGGUGUUCCGCUGCCCGGGCUGCACCGCGGAGCGACAGGCGCUGUGCCCGAAGCUCACCGAGACCUGCGAAGAGAUCGUGCGUGAGCCGGGCUGCGGGUGCUGCCCCGUGUGCGCCCGGCAAGAGGGCGAGACAUGCGGCGUGUACACCCCGAGGUGCGCCAGCGCUCUGCGCUGCUACCCGACGCCCGACUCGGAGCUUCCUCUGGAGCAACUGGUGCAGGGCCAGGGCCAGUGCCGGCGCAAAGUGGACACCGAGACCAGCACCCCCAGCCUGGAGCACCGGGAGCAAACCAGCGGUGAGGCUGUGGAGCCGCUGCCUGAGCAGGGGGUGAGCGAAAUCCCGUUCGUACGCAAGCCGAGCAAAGAGGCGGCGUGGCUGGGACCCAAGGAGAGCGCUGUACGCCAACAUAGGCAGGAGAUGAAGACCAAGAUGAAGACCAACAAAGUGGAGGAGGUAAAACCAACUCGACCAAAGCAGACUCAGUGUCAGCAGGAGCUAGACCAGGUGCUGGAGCGGAUAUCUAAGAUGCCCUUCAGAGAUAACCGAGGUCCUCUGGAAGACCUGUACGCCCUGCACAUCCCCAACUGUGACAAGAGGGGGCAGUAUAACCUCAAACAGUGCAAAAUGUCUCUGCACGGUCAGAGAGGCGAGUGCUGGUGCGUGAACCCCCACACCGGCCGACCCAUCCCGGCAGCCCCCACUGUGCGAGGCGACCCCAACUGCAGCCAGUACGUGAGAGAGCUGGAGCUGGAGCUCACCGACAUGACCCAGAUAUAAGUGUGGCAUGAAACUUAAAAAAACAACAACAACAACAACAACAACCUGGGAACAAAGAACAUCCGAGUAAGCUAUUAUAUUAUCUGUUUCUCUGGUUCUUUUGAUGACAGUGACAUUUGGAAUCUUAACAUCGGCCAGAAAGGAUGAAAACGACACAAGUAGGAAACAGAUAAGGCUGCGUUUUUUUUUCCUUGUAGAUGUUCAACGACGUCAGCUGAGAGUGUCCGUGUCUCCGCUUUACUAAUUGUGACUUAGCUCAGAGUUUGCUCUUUUAUAAAUGUUUUGUACUGUAACGUGUUGAAAGAUGAGAAGACCUUCGACAUCAUUUGCUGUUUUUUUUAGGCUCAUUUUUAUUUUUUGUUUGUUUGUUUUUGGUCCUAUGGCUUGCGGACUGUACCGUUCCACAACAUGCUGUACUGUAGCCUUUGACUUCACCUCACUUUUAAUACACAGUUGAACAGGAAAUGGAAGACAUGUUGGCGUGAGCUGUAUUAGUGCAUUGAAUGUUCAAUAGGGAGGACCUGACUCUAGGCUGCCUAGUGAUUAACAACUUUAAAACACAAUUAAAAUGGUGAUGAAUUGA